AUGACGUCCAGCUACGGCACCGCGACCGCGCCGCCCGCUGCCGGCAACGGCAACGGCAACGGCGUCCUGCCCGGCGACGAGGAGGAGCCGCUCCUCGGCGGGCGCCACGGCCGCAAGCCCGUCUCCAAGUCGCUCCUCGUCCGCUGGCGCAAGCAGCUGCGCGCCGAGGUCUCGCGCUCCUGGGCCGACCUCGUCCUGCUGCUGUGCUACGUCGUCACCGGCCUGCUCGACAGCUCCUCGACCCAGGUCUGGGGCGCCUUUGUCUCCAUGCAGACGGGAAACACCGUCUACGUCGGCCUCGGCCUCGCGUCCCUCAUCUACCCGCCCACGAGCCCCCGCCUCUACAAGUCGGGCAUCUCCCUGCUCUCCUUCUGCAUCGGCUCCUUCUUCUUCGCGCGCUUCCACCGCUUCUUCUCGCCCAAGCGCCGCUGGGUCCUGUGCGUCUCCUUCGGCGCCCAGGCCCUGCUGACCAUCGCCGCCGCCUGCAUCGUCACCUUUGCGCGCAGCGGCUCCUCGGACGACAAGGACGCCGUCGACUGGACCGUCCUGGUGCCCCUCGCGCUCGUCGCCUUCCAGAGCUGCGGCCAGGCCGUCACCAGCCGCGCCCUCAAGUACAACGCCCUCACCAGCGUCGUCCUCACCAGCAUCUACUGCGACCUCUUCUCCGACCAGGACCUCUUUGCCCUGCACAACGUCGAGCGCAAUCGCAGGGCCGCUGCGCCGAUUCUGCUGCUGCUGGGUGCCGUUGCUGGCGGAGUCUUUUCGCACAGCGCCGUGGGCAUUGGCGGCGCGCUGUGGACUGCCGCCGCCAUUAAGCUGUCCAUGGUGGUCAUGUGGUUCUUCUGGCCUGCCGAGCCGGAGGAGGAUGAAUCCUGA